CAUCCAUCUCGUCGCGUCCAGAGCUUGCGCGGACAAUCGCAGAGCCUUUUUUGAAAGGUCAUCCAACUUCUCCCCUUAUAUACACCCGCCCGACACAUAUCUCGCUUCUCGCAUCCUCCCAUUACUCUUCGGCAGCCUUUCGACUUAUCCCACCUUUGUUCCGCGGGGCUGCAUUCAUUCAAAAUGCCGCACUCGAUCCCCGUACCUGCCACAGGCUUCCAAGCCUUGAUCCUUUGUGGACCCGGUGUCUCGCUGAAUACCUUCACUUCGAAUCCGGAAGAAUACCCGAAAUGUCUUAUUCCCGUCGCCAAUCGCCCAAUGGUCUACUACCCGUUGGACUUUUGCAAGCGAUCAGGAAUUACAGGUAGGUGCGCUUAAUUGGUGCAAUUGGCAUGGACUCAUGAUUACAGACAUUACCUUGAUUACGCCUCCGUCCGCUGUCGCUCCUCUCCAAGCCGCUCUACAACAGAACCCGUAUCUUACGUCGCUCCCCUCGCCUUCCCCAACAGUCCUAGCCCCCAAGGUGAGAAGAGGUCAGGUUUUGGAGCGGAAUUCGCCAGCUAACUGGGUCAGGACCUUCAACUUACCUCCGGAACCGCCGAAAUCCUCCGUCUACCUGAGGUGCAAGCCUGCAUCAAAUCCGAUUUCCUCCUUCUCCCCUGCGAUCUUAUCUGCGAAAUCCCCGGUGAAUCGUUGCUAGAGUCUUGGAUGGUCUGGGAGGGCCGCAAUCCCUACGGACCGAAUUCAUUGGGCCCCGGUGGCGAGCAUGGAGGCCCUCGAGGUGGGCUGAGCGUAUACUAUCAAACGCAAGGCACGGAAGAGGAUGUUAAAGGCGGAGUUAGGGACUUUGUGGCUAUCGCGCCUCUUGAGCAGGAUGAGGUGCCCGCAGUCUCGCGAUACGAGCUUUCCAAGUUGGCUAUGUCGAUGCCCAUGGAUACUGUGAAGGAGAGACUCGAAGAGGACAAGGGUUUCCUUGUUCGUCAUUCCUUGGUUGAGAAGCACGCUCAGGUCAAAAUGCUCACCAGCUAUCGUGAUGCGCACCUUUACGUGUUUCCCUACUGGGUCAAGGAAUUGGCGCUUCAUCAGGACAAGCUACAAUCGGUCAGUGAAGAUCUCAUCGGCUACUGGGCCAAGUCCAGGUGGCAGCGCGGGCUGGGAGAGAAGUUAGGAAUUAACCACGUUCUGGGAGGACGGCCGAAUGAGAAUCUCGAUGACAACGGGAGUAUCAACGGCCAGGCUUCCGAGCAAGAGGAGAUUGACCUUCGUGGAAUGAGCACCACCACACAUGCCUCCCCUGCGCAGAAUGGCCCGGAACCUCCCUUGGAUAGCGCCGAGUCAGAUGCUGCGACUGAGACCCCAACAGCAGUUGAGGUUCCGCCUAUCCUCGCCUACAUGCAGAAGGAAUCCUCACCAUUUGUUCGCCGUGUCGACAGCUCUCGUGUACUUCUUGCCACAUCCCUCCGCCUCGCCAAAUUAGAAUCUAUCGAAGAGGUCGGCCGCACGGCCGCAUCUCCGUUUGCACACAACCAAAAGAUCGCUCACCCCGAAGGCGUCGCUCAGCGCUGUGUGGUCACCAAGGCUGACUGCCUUCUUGCUCCUAACGUGACUGUCGAAGAAAAAUGUGUCAUCAAAGAAUCCUGCAUUGGCACCAACGCGAAGAUCUGCAGCGGCGCCCGACUAACUCGAUGCGUGGUCCUCGACAACGCCGUCAUCGGUGAACGCUGUGUACUGACCGGAUGCAUCAUCGGGAAACGCAGCAAAAUCGGUCGCGAAUCCGUGCUUAAGGACUGCGAGGUCCAAGAUGGCAACAUCGUGCCCGACGACACAGACGCCAAGAACGAGCAGUUCAUGAUCUUCGAGGGUCUGGACGAGGAUGAGGAAGGAAUGGAUGUUUCCGAGGACUUCGGGGAUGACCAGGGCGACUUUUAAGAGGAUUGUUGUGAACGGGAUGGGUGCCUCAGGCUUCAAUACCUGACGUCAUCCCGGAUCCUCUUUACAGAGCCCUAAUGAUUUAAAGCCUUGUUUAUGAAACUUACGAGCAUCAUCAAAACAUACGUGUUGAAUUAGGUAUGAGUUGAUAAAAAUAGAUAUGGUCUACGUGUUCAAUUAAUUUUCUCUCUCAAUGAGCGUUUGGAGUUGUUGG